CUCUUCUAGGUACGCGUGAAAGUGAAGCCUCUGGCUCUGACACACGCAUGCGAUCCGCAUCGAUGUACAAUAUAGACGCAUGCGCAGAUAGUUGCUAGCGGCUCCGCGAGCUCUGGGAUCCCUCCUUGUUCAGGCGGACUCUUCUGAGUAUAGGACCAUUAGUCCGUCGCAAAAUAACUCCCUUGCUCUUUGCAGAAACAGCCUUUUAAGUAGCCUUUGAUUUUUGCUUUCUCAACAAAGUGCAAAAAUGUCGGGGUUCAGCUCCGAACUAAUCGAGUACCUGGAAGGGAAAAUCUGUUUCGAGGAGUUUGAGUGACGCUGGGAAGAGCGCAAAAGCCGCGAAAGGAAGUGAGAGGGCACUUCUGGUGCUCUUCCGGAUCACGCGACGCCUCAGCUGAGGCUUCCCAGCAGGCGGGUAGAAGACUCUUCCGGAUCACGCGACGCCUCAGCUGAGGCUUCCCAGCAGGCUGGUAGGAGACUCAGCGCGCUCUUUCCUCCCUACCUGGGAGAAAUGGGAACGGGGGCGAUUUGGGGGAGCAGUACGCGUGAAAGUGAAGCCUCUGGCUCUGACACACGCAUGCGAUCCGCAUCGAUGUACAAUAUAGACGCAUGCGCAGAUAGUUGCUAGCGGCUCCGCGAGCUCUGGGAUCCCUCCUUGUUCAGGCGGACUCUUCUGAGUAUAGGACCAUUAGUCCAUCGCAAAAUAAUUCCCUUGCUCUUUGCAGAAACAGCCUUUUAAGUAGCCUUUGAUUUUUGCUUUCUCAACAAAGUGCAAAAAUGUCGGGGUUCAGCUCCGAACUAAUCGAGUACCUGGAAGGGAAAAUCUGUUUCGAGGAGUUUGAGCGACGCCGGGAAGAGCGCAAAAGCCGCGAAAGGAAGGAUGAAGAAAAUGGACUUAUUGAAGAAAAUGCAGAAGACCCUGAUGCUCCGUCCACAUCUGGACAAAGAACAUCUGCUGGGCCUCAGAGACACAAUGAAGCAGAAGAAGAGACAUCAGAUGGGGUCAGUAAAUCUGUCCAUCGAGUUUUUGCUUCCAUGAUGGGAGAGAAUGAAGAGGAGGAGGAUGAAGAAGAAGAGGAUGAAGAUGAAGAAAUCUCUGAACAGCCUACAGCAGGAGAUGUUUUUGCACUGGAGAUGGUGCUUAAUAGAGAGACUAAGAAAAUGAUGAAGGAAAAACGGCCCCGCAGUAAAUUGCCUCGUGCCUUGAGAGGCCUCAUGGGUGAAGCUAACAUUAGGUUUGCUCGAGGUGAACAUGAAGAAGCCAUUCUGAUGUGCAUGGAAAUCAUAAGACAAGCGCCUCUUGCUUAUGAGCCAUUCUCAACUCUUGCCAUGAUUUAUGAAGACCAAGGAGAUAUGGAAAAAUCUUUGCAAUUUGAACUGAUUGCCGCUCACUUAAACCCCAGUGACACUGAGGAGUGGGUUAGGCUAGCUGAAAUGUCACUUGAGCAGGACAAUAUUAAACAGGCUAUCUUCUGCUAUGCAAAAGCUCUGAAGUAUGAUCCUACUAAUGUGCGUUACUUGUGGGAACGAUCAAGUCUCUAUGAACAAUUGGGGGAACAUAAACUGGCCAUGGAUGGCUAUAGGCGCAUUUUAAAUCUUCUGACGCCUUUUGAUGGAGAUCGCUUUAUGCAUCUGGCUAGAGAUAUGGCAAAGAGCUAUUAUGAAGCCAACGAUAUCACGGCUGCUAUUGAGAUCAUGGAAGAAGCCUUUAGCAAACACCAGAACCUGGUAUCCAUGGAAGAUGUGAAUACAGCUGCUGAGCUGUAUAUUUCUAACAAGCAGUAUGAUAAAGCUUUGGCAGUUAUUACAGAUUUCUCAGGUAUUGUACUUGAAAAGAAAGAGACACAAAGAGAUUCUUCUGCAGAGAAUCAAGUGAAGGAGACAGCAGAAAGGCAGGAGGGUCAAGAAGUGAUGACCGAUCGGCAAGAUCUUGCAGCUGAAACCAGUUCUCCUUCUUCAGAAAAGGUUACCUGCUCUAUACCCGAUGGCGUUCCCAUAGACAUCACGGUAAAGCUCAUGGUGUGCUUAGUUCACCUGAACAUCUUGGAACCUCUUAAUCUUCUGUUGACCACACUAGUAGAGCAAAAUCCUGAGGAUAUGGGAGAUUUGUAUCUUGAUGUUGCAGAAGCGUUCCUUGAUGUUGGAGAAUACAAUUCUGCACUCCCUCUCCUGAGUUCUCUGGUAUGCUCAGAGAGAUACAAUUUAGCUGUUGUUUGGCUCCGUCAUGCAGAGUGCUUAAAAGCGCUGGGCUACAUCGAGCGUGCCGCAGAGAGCUAUGCCAAAGUGGUCGACCUUGCCCCUUUGCAUCUGGAUGCAAGAAUCUCACUUUCUACCCUUCAGCAGCAAUUGGGCCGGCCUGAGAAAGCCCUGGAAGCACUCGAGCCUAUGUAUGACCCAGAUACCCUGGCACAGGAUGCUAAUGCUGCUCAGCAAGAAUUAAAACUGCUGCUCCAUCGUUCGACAUUGCUGUACUCUCAAGGCAACAUGUAUGGCUACGUUGAUUCUUUGCUCACCAUGUUAGCCAUGCUCUUAAAGGUUGCCAUGAACCGAGCGCAGGUGUGUUUAAUAUCCAGUUCAAAGUCUGGAGAAAGGCAUCUCUAUCUUAUUAAAGUGUCUAGAGAUAAAAUAUCUGAUAAUGACGAUCAAGAAACAACAAACUGUGAUGCAAAAGCAAUAUUUGUGGUGCUUACCAGUGUGCUGACAAAAGAUGACUGGUGGAGCCUCCUGCUGAAGGCAAUCUAUGCUUUGUGUGAUCUUUCUCGAUACAAGGAGGCAGAACUCUUAGUGGACUCUUCACUGGAAUACUAUUCAUUCUAUGAUGACAGGCAGAAGCGUAAAGAGCUGGAAUACUUUGGUCUCUCGGCUGCAAUUCUGGACAAGAAUUUUAGAAAAGCUUACAAUUACAUCAGGAUAAUGGUCAUGGAGCAUGUCAAUAAACCUCAGCUUUGGAAUAUCUUCAACCAGAUCACCAUGCACUCGCAAGAUGUGCGGCACCAUCGCUUCUGUCUUCGAUUAAUGCUGAAGAACCCUGACAAUCAUGCACUCUGUGUCCUAAAUGGCCACAAUGCCUUUGUGUCUGGUAGCUUUAAGCAUGCCCUUGGGCAAUAUGUACAAGCUUUCCGUAUUAACCCAGAUGAACCCCUCUAUAGUCUUUGUAUAGGCUUGACGUUCAUCCAUAUGGCCUCUCAGAAGUAUGUGUUAAAAAGACAUGCCCUUAUAGUACAGGGCUUUUCAUUCCUUCAACGAUACCUGAGUCUCCGUGGUUCUUGUCAAGAAUCUUACUACAAUUUAGGCCGUGGCCUUCAUCAGUUGGGAUUGGUACAUUUGGCAAUUCACUACUACCAAAAGGCACUGGAGCUUCCCCCUCUAGUCCUAGAGGGAAUAGAAGCAGACCAGACGGACUUGCGGAGAGAUAUUGCCUUCAAUUUAUCACUCAUUUACCAGAGCAGUGGAAAUAUUAGAAUGGCUCGGAAAUUGUUAUAUACACAUGGAACUGUGUGACAUGAGAGCUGGCACAAAAAACUAAUAGGCAGGACAGUUGCCUAAUAAGAGGGAUCAUUUUCCUUUCUUUCAAGGGGAAAGUAACCUGGUAAUGUAUUGCUGCCUUUCAGUGGGGCAUGGAUAUGCAACCAGAGACUGAGGCUUUGUGACAUAUGACAACCAGUGCUCAGAUAUUUCUCCUCACUGAUUGAAAAUGAAGCAGCAAAGUGGACAAUGUAGGCUAUACUGAGAGCAUCCCUGAUAUGGAUUGAGCAGUUCUGAUAUGCAGCAUCUACCCCAACCUGAGAGGUGCUCUGGAAACUGCAGGGUUUUUUUCCUAACAUACAAGAAUCUGAACUAAAUAAGAGUCACACUUCUUAAUAGAUAAGAGCCAGGACCACUUAAAGCUCUUUAGGCACAAGGAGAUUUGGAAAUUUACUCAGAAUAUUGUGUAAUCUGUAGUUUGAUAUUUGAAAAGCAACCAGCAUUUAGGGCCAAAUUCUGUUGUGCGGGAGCAUGAAUAAAUAAAAUGUACUAUAUUACUCACAUCAAAAGGGUUUUUUUACCCUUUCUGUGGUAAGAGAGCAGCUGGCUGCUUUCAGGAAUGCUGACCAUACCCUCAUCGUACUUCUUAGAGUACAGUAUAAUUUGUAAACCUAGCGAAACAUUGGUAUCCUCUCAGGGUGCGUUUGUCCUCUAGUUAAUCCAUUUAAGAGAUGGAAUCUCUUAAAUUACUUGAGAGUUGAGGAUUAUGCAUUGUUCCUAUUUUUCCUAUCAUCUGCUAAUUCUAAGCAUUUUUUUUUUUGCUUUUCUGACAUCCUAGAAUAAGAAGUGGCUUGACUAGAUUCUAGCCAUGCUCAGCUGCCAGCAGAAAGCAAGUAUACUGCAACAAAGUGGCAGGGCUGAGUUAUCUUCAAAACUCAGAUGUCUCUUUUUUUUAAAAGGAGAAAUACAUCUACCACCACUCCUGUGCACAUUGACUCUGAAGUCCAUUGCACUGACUAAGGGGAUUUAUUCCUUAGUCAGUGUGCACAGGAGUGCAGCCUUAAACUAUCCUCUCAGAAGUUUUUUUUACCCUAUCUGUCACAUACAUCGCUCAUAUAUUGUGGAAGACGUUAGUGACUGCCCAAGACCAGUUUCAAAAAAUGUUGUUGGUUUGAUUAAAUUUGCACAUUAAUAUAUUUUUAACAUACGUUGAUACUUUUUGUAUAUGAAAUACGUCAGCCUACAGGUGGCCUCAUCUGAUCUUCAUGUAUUAUAGCUUAAUUGAAAGAAUGGUUUUGCUGAGGUUCAUAGAACAGUGAUUGAAACACAAAAAAUUAAAAGUAUGUUUUAAUUCUUAGUUUAAAUAUACAUCUCCUCUCCAAAAACAUUAAAUUUAUAAACUAUACCACAGUAGUCAACAAGAGAGGAAAUAGAUCAGAAAUACAACACAUUCUCACCCAUGAUUUAUGGUGGCACGCAGUAGCUGGAGCUGAGGCCAGUUCUUUUUUCUCUUGGGCCUAUCCCCUCUCAGACUUUCUUUUGGAGGCCUAAGCAAUAGUUCCUAGCUGUGUGGAUUUGUCAACUGCUAUUCCAGUUUAAAUGAAUGAUUCUAGAACUGAGUAUUCACUGCUUAUAUAUAAAAUCACCAAUGAUACCAUG